CUCAAGUUGGAUGGUGGAUGGUGAAUCACGCAAUAGAGAUGCUUCUUGAACGCAGAGAAGACUAGCUGGGUGUUUUAGUUGUAAUUUGUCCAUUGCAAUUAGGCAUAGGGCAUUAGACCUCUCUCAAUGUCUCAACUAAGGGUUCCUCCCACUUUGUUCCAUCCUUCUUUCCCUUCAGGCAUUUCUACCAGACUACCUAGGCCUCCAUCACUCCGUCGUGAUUAUAUUCCUUGUCAAGUCCGAUCCAUGGUUGCCCCCGAUAAUCAAAUUAUUGUUAGAAGAACAGCAAAUUACCAGCCUACCAUCUGGGGAUAUGAUUAUAUUCAAUCACUCAGAACGGAAUAUGUGGGAGAAUCAUACACUAUACGCAGAAACAAGUUAAAGGAAGAUGUAAGACUGAUGCUAGACAAGUACGUACACAAGGAACCUUUGUAUCAACUUGAGUUUAUUGAUGCCUUGGAAAGGCUUGGAUUAUCAUACCAUUUUGAAGAUGAAAUAAAGAAAAUUUUGGAGAGAGUGUAUGGUAAUAACCAGUGCAAUUAUGGGCUCAAGAAAGAUAGUUUAUAUGCUACAGCUCUUAAGUUCAGACUCUUAAGGCAACAUGGUUAUAAUAUACCUCAAGAGAGUUUCAAUAAAUUCAUAGAUGAGAAUGGAAACUUCAAGGCUUGCUUUGGCGAGGAUUGCAGAGGAAUGCUAUAUUUGUAUGAAGCCUCUUUCCUUUCAGUGGAAGGUGAAAAUGUACUAGAUGCAGCUAAAACUUUUGCAACAAAGCAUCUUAAUGAAUAUGUAAAGUGUAAGGAAGGAAAAGAUCCAUAUCUUUUCACACUAGUGAAACAUGCCCUGGAGUUUCCACUGCACUGGAGGAUGCUAAGGAUGGAAGCAAGAUGGUUCAUUGAAGUAUAUCAAAAAAGUCCAGACAUGAACCCCAUCUUGCUAGAUCUAGCCAAGUUGGAUUUCAACAUGGUGCAGGCUAUACACCAAGAAGAUCUAAAAGAUGCUUUCAUGUGGUGGAAGAGAACAGGUCUUGGGGAAAAGUUGGAGUUCAUCAGAAACAGGAUGCUAGAGAAUUUCUUAUGGACAAUAGGAGGAUCAUUCCAACCUCAGUAUGGAUAUGUUAGAAGAAUGGCCUCACAAGUCAAUGCACUGAUAACAACAACUGAUGAUGUUUAUGAUGUCUAUGGAACUUUGGAUGAACUUGAGCUUUUUACUGAUGCCAUUGAGAGAUGGGAUAUCAAUGCAAUAGAACAUCUCCCAGACUACUUGAAGUUAUGUUUUUUUGCUUUGCACAACUUCGAAAACCAAGUUGUUUCUGAUAUUUUCAGGGAACAAGGAUUAAACAUUCUUCCAUACUCAAAGAAAGCGUGGCUUAAUUUAUAUAAAGCUUAUUUGAUAGAGGCAAAAUGGUACCAUAAUGGAUACACAACAACUCUGAAAGAGUACAUUGACAAUGCAGUGGUUUCUAUAUCUGCACCUGUAAUACUAUAUCAUUCUUAUGUUCUGGCUUCGAAUCCAAUAACUAUGGAGGUCUUGCGAUAUUUAGAUGAGGAAUUUCCUGACAUAAUCCGUUGUUCAUCAAUGAUUUUUAGGCUUGCAAAUGAUUUGGGAACUUCUCCAGUACUUGACCUUUAAUCCUCUCUUUUUGCUUCUUCUAUACAUGAAUACCAUUUGAAUUAUUUUCACCCUAUUUGAUUUGCACUUAUGCAUUUUGAUCUAGGAUGAAAUGAAAAGAGGUGAUGUUCCAAAAUUCAUUCAAUGUUACAUGCAAGAAACUAAAGGUUCUGAAGAAGAUGCUCGCAAAUAUAUACGAGAUUUGGUUGGCAUAACAUGGAAGAAGAUGAACAAGGAAUUAUUGGAUCAGACCUCUCCUCUUCCUCGAUCUUUGAUUGAAGCUGCGAUAAAUCUUGCAAGAAUGGCUCAAUUUAUGUAUUCGCACGGAGACGGCCAUAGUUCUCAAGAUCAUGUCAUGAAGACUCGCAUAUUAUCAUUGCUUGUCAAUCCCAUAGUUUAGGGAAGAGGAUGGAAUUCCUAGCUGUUGAAACCAAGACUUGGUUGUCCAUACCUUUUUCUUAAAGGAGGAUGGCUAAUAGGUCACUAGAUUUUGGAUUCAAUCCCAAAUAAGGAUAGCAAAUAAAAGGUACUUAAUUAA